AUGGGUGUCAAUGGUCUCUGGACAGUUGCACAGCCAUGUGCGCGGCCCACAAACCUCGCGACCCUAAAUCGCAAGCGCCUCGCUGUCGAUGCCUCUAUCUGGAUAUACCAGUUCUUGAAAGCUGUGCGUGACAAGGAAGGCAAUGCACUGCGUAACUCUCAUGUCGUGGGUUUCUUCCGCCGGAUAUGUAAACUCCUUUGGUUUGGUAUAAAACCAGUCUUCGUUUUCGAUGGCGGCGCCCCUGUGCUGAAGCGCCAGACGAUUCAGGGCCGGAAACGCCGGCGUGAAGGCAGAAGGGAGGAUGCCGUCCGCACUGCUGGCAAACUACUGGCUGUACAGAUGCAAAGGAUUGCCGAGGAGGAAGAGGAGAAGAGACGGCGUGAUGCACAGAGGGGCAUCCACCGGGAACGAGAGGCCCCCCAAGAAGAGAUACCCGAUGUGGAUAAGAUAGUGUAUGUCGAUGAGGUGGGCAUGUCACAGCAGGAGCGCCAACGGGGAAGGAAGUUUUUCAAGCAAGAUGCAUACCACUUGCCUGAGCUCGACGGCGAUAUUGCGUCAAUGGCCAAGGCCGACGAUCCCAGAAUUAUGAGCAUUGAAGAAUUAGAAGAAUAUGCUCGACAGUUCCAUAACGGCGAGGACAUCAAUCUCUACGAUUUCAGCAAGAUUGACUUCGAUGGCGAGUUUUUCAAGAGUCUACCUCCACCGGAUAGGUACAAUAUUUUAAAUGCGGCAAGAUUACGAAGUCGUCUGAGGAUGGGACUGAGCAAGGAACAGCUAGAUGACAUGUUCCCCGACCGCAUGGCGUUUUCAAGAUUUCAAAUCGAAAGAGUCCAAGAAAGGAAUAAUCUAACUCAGCGCCUCAUGAAGGAAGCCGGCAUGACGGGCCUUGAUCUCACGUUGACAGGAGGUGGACGAAUUGCUGGUGAAAGAGACAGAGAGUACAUCCUGGUCAAGAACGAGGGAGCAGAGGGCGGCUGGGCAUUAGGUGUAGUGAGCAAAGAGAAGGAUCUGGGAGAAGCUCAUAAGCCCAUUGAUGUUGAUGCCUUGGAUUUCCAAUUCCAGGAUAAGACAAAGGCUGAGGUAUCCGACGAAGAAGACGACUUUGAAGACGUCCCAGUGGAGGGCCUAAACCGUUUGCCAGCUGCAGCUACGCAGGCAUCAAGAGAUGCUGCUCUCAGAAGACAGCAAGUCUACAGUGGUCGAAGAGAAAACGAGAUAAAUGACGUGAAUGAGGACGAGGAGACCCUCUUCGUCGACGGCGAUUUGCCCGAACAACACGAGGGAGUGGCUGGGGAGCAACAAGAAGGGAGGCUCCACCCGGAAGAAGAAGACGACAUUAAUCAUGCCAUUGCAAUAUCGCUACAAAACCAGUAUGGCAAGACAACAGAAGAACAAGAGGAAGAAGAGCAAUUCGAUGAUGUGGAAAUACCUGUGCCGGUAUGGAAACAGAAGGCAGUCGAGGCGCCCAAGCCUAUUACAGCAACGAGCGGUCGAAUGGUGGCUCAUAUUGUCAACAACAGGUCAACCGCAGCUGUUCCCAGACGACGGGCAAGUAACGCUAGCAGUAGUGACGACGAAAUGGACCUGCAGGCGGCCCUUAAAGCGUCUCGUAAAGCCAAAAGAGCUCAGCCGAAGCCGGCAGUGCCUAACAUUAAGAAUCCGUUUGACGGUCCGUUACCGUUUCCGAAGCUCGAUUGGGGAUCUUCUCUCUUCUCAAAGAAGGCACAGCCGGCGAAAAAUCAAGACAAGUCGGCUACAUCGAAACAAGUUCCAUUAAAUUUGAAAAAGCCGGUUCAAGACAAGGAAGAUCUCGAUUUUGGCGGUGGGUUUAUUGCAGAUGAUGCAGAGGAACCCGCCGAAGAUGAAAACGAGGGUGGAUUCCAGAGAGAACCCCAAGAAGAAGGCCCAAAGCCACUGCCGCCUUGGAUGGUGGAUGAUACGGACAUUCGUGAAUCUAUCAUGAAACAGCGACAGGUCGAGAGUGAAAUCAACACUGAGGAUAGGGAGGCUGCGCUAGAAGAGGAGCGCAAAUUCCAACGACAACGACAGAACCAGCUUAUUGAGAUUCAAUCAUCCGAUAGCGAAGACAGCGACGUGGAGGUUCUCGAUGCGCCUCCCCCUGCGAAGCAGAUCAUUGCUCAGCAGGACAAGCUUUUGGCAAAUAAUACCUUAGCGACAGAUCUUGCAGACGAAGUCCAAGCUGGCUCAUCCAAAGAAAAGGAAGGGGCAAAUGUUCCUGCCGAUAAGGACGAUGCGGCCCUUCGAAACUCACCGCAGUCGCCAGAGCCAGAUUUUGAAGAUGUCCAGGUCGAGGAUGCCGACGAGGAUAUGCAAGUUACCGUAACAGAAUUGCCAGACUCCCCAGAGCCAGAAAUGGAGGACAUCCCGGUGAACACGGAACAACCAAAGUUCACGGAACAAAGUGAAAUCACUUUUGAGGACCUGAUGGAUGGACCAACGUUAGACGAUCCUAAUACGGCAGGCGACUCUGUGCAGGACGUUGAAGCCGAGGUGUUUGGCGAUAGCGAAGAUGAGUUCAGCGACCCGGAGGAUGAAGAACUCUUCGCUAGCCUGGCGCAAGAAGCAGAUGAACACGCUCGUUUUGCAAGUGAGCUGAAUAAUAAGUCUGAACAUGAGAAUAGGGAGGCGUAUGAGAGGGAGCUCAAAGCACUCCGCACGCAACAGAAGAAGGACCGACGAGACGCAGACGAGGUUACGCAGGUCAUGGUAACUGAAUGUCAGGCCCUCCUUCGUCUUUUUGGCAUCCCCUAUAUCACGGCCCCAAUGGAAGCCGAAGCGCAGUGCGCAGAGCUCGUGCGCCUCGGCCUUGUCGAUGGCAUCGUCACCGAUGACUCGGACACGUUUCUCUUCGGAGGUACCCGUGUAUACAAGAACAUGUUCAACAGCAACAAGUUCGUUGAGUGCUACCUUGGUUCCGACCUAGAAAAGGAGCUUUCCUUGUCGCGGGAACAGCUUAUUGCCAUCGCUCAGCUGCUCGGAUCCGAUUACACCGAGGGAUUACCUGGCGUUGGACCUGUUACGGCCGUGGAGAUCCUCUCCGAAUUCCCCGGCAAGGAUGGCCUCAGCAAGUUCAAGGAUUGGUGGCAGGAUGUGCAGAUGAAUAACCGUCCAAAGGAGGCCGAUGCUGUUUCUCCUUUCCGACGAAAGUUCCGCAAGUCUCAGGCCACUAAGCUCUUCCUGCCAACAGGAUUCCCUAGCCCGGCCGUCACAGAUGCAUACCUCCAUCCCGAGGUAGAUAGCAGCCCUGAGCCGUUCCAAUGGGGCGUACCAGACCUCGAAGGCCUGAGGCAGUUCCUAAUGGCGACUAUUGGGUGGAGCAAGGAGCGUACCGACGAGGUACUUGUUCCUGUCAUUCGGGAUAUGAAUAAACGCGACAUUGAGGGUACGCAGGCCAAUAUCACAAGGUAUUUUGAGGGGUCUGUUGGCGUAGGUGCCAGAGAUGCGUUUGCUCCGAGGCAGAAGACUACGACGAGCAAAAGAAUGGCCAGCGCUGUUAGCAAAUUGAGGGCCAAUGCCAGCGGAGAGGCUGUGGUGGCAGGGGAGAUCUCUGCUGCACCAUCGAACACCACAGGGAAGCGGAAGGCUAGGGCGAGGACUACGCCCAACGAGGAGGAUGAUUUUGUGGACGACGAAACUGUGCACUCGGGACAGAGUGCCCAGGGCACUCGCGCCCGUAGGGGUAAGAAGGCUAAAGCUUCCGAAUAG